AUGGCUAAGGCCGUCAACAACUUGCCCACCCGCCCCAACAACGACGAAUUGCUCAAGUUGUACGGGUUGUACAAGCAAGCCACCGUCGGCGACAACAACACCGACAAGCCCGGGAUCAUGGACUUCAAGGGCAAGGCCAAGUGGCAAGCGUGGGAAGACAAGAAGGGCGUGUCGCAAGAACAGGCCGAGGCCGACUACAUCGCCCUUGUCGACGAAUUGACCGCCAAGUACGCCUAA